AUGGCUUUAACUUCCGGGGAAGUCAAAGCUUCUUUGAGUGUGGGACAUGAGCAUAACUUAAUAGACUUUUUAAUCGUUUAUGGCAGGCUAAGCUCAAAAGAGGCUGUCGAUCCAAAAUUAGAGAAUGUCACUUUGAAAGGGAUCAAAAUAUCUUACGGCUCAAAAUCGGCUAGAAAAGUUGCGAAGAUCAAAUUUAAUCGGGAGCAGAAGGACUACGAACAGGCAAAGUCUCUUCUUAUUUCAAUGACAAAGGAGGCAUCAUCGAAGCGUGGAUACAGUUCAUAUCUUAUUAAGGAAAUCCCACUUCCUUCAAAACCAAUUGAAAUCUUGUACUGGAUUUUAUUCUUUGCCAUAACCUAUGCCUCAUUUACUCCUGCUGAAACUGCUGCCUUUUUUGCCAAUUAUCUACACAUUUCCGUUCCAGCUGCAACCAAAACCGUUUCUGCCUUUAAAUGGAUCUUGAACUUCCUUUUUGUCACUCAUAGUACCGAAACAGCGACCUCAUUGAACCCAAUACUGUUCAAGUACAGAGUUCCAAUUCCUAAAAGGAUGCUUGCUUCGGUGUUAUGCCUGGUUGAGGGUAAAUUCUUUAUCAACAGAUUCCAAAGGCUUUGCGAUUCCGUUGAGCACCAGCAGUAA